AAAAAUGAUUGACUUUGACAUUUCACAAACAAAUGGAGCGAUUAAAUCGAGUUGGCUCUCCUAUAGACAUUUGUGAAGGAAAUUUAGAUUCAAAACCUGAAGUUUUAGCAAAAAAGAGGAAGCAAAUCGAAUCAAUCCAAAGAGCAAAAUCUCCAUUUUUCAUUGGCUCAAUUGACCUGGUGAAUAAAAGAAUCAGUAAAUUGGAAAGAAGAUUUCAGAAAUAUACUCAGCUUGUUGCAGAAAGUAGAGCGUCUGAACAUGAAGAUAUAUCUGACACAGCUUCAGUUAUCAGUGGAAAAGGAAUUGAUAGAUACCAGACAAAAGAAAAAGAAGCAAAGGAAAUUAACAAAUUUGCUGGAUAUUUUACGAUGAAACAAACAUUCCUGCCAGGAAGAAGUGAUAGAGUAAAGAAUAUAGCCAAAGUCAGCAUGUCUCAAAGUAAAAUGAGUACUAUAAAGAAAGACACAGGAAAGCCUAAAUUUGUAGAGCUUUUCCAGUAUCCUGGAUAUGAUGGUAUUGAGUUAACUCCCUUGCCUGAUGAUAUACCAGCCAUAGAAAUGUUGAAAAAGGCAACAGAGGCUCAAAUGGAACUGUACAAAAAGAAAAGGGGAUCAAACAAGCCAGUUUACAAACCAUACUAUGAGAAGUGGUUUUAUUGUGAAGCAUCCCAAGCAGUAUUCCAGGAUUUGUUCUGGUACCUGUUCCUAGACAAAUACCAGUCCAGUAAGAAUUCCCAGGUUCGAUUGUUUAACAGAUGUGCACAUAAUUUCGUCAAACUGAUGAUGUUUGUUAACCAUCCCAGAUUCAGAGAUGUCUUUUUCACUGAUUAUGCCAGUUUAAUAUCCCAGGCUAUAUAUGCAGGAUACUGCCACUCUUUCCCAGACUCCUAUAGACAGUUUGGGGAACAGUUUAAAGAAGAUGUAAUCACACUAGUUUAUGACUGGAUAACAGGUAUAAAACCAGCUCCUAGACUGUGGAUGAAGUGGAACAUGAGUAAACUAGAACCUCCAGAUAUUAACAUUAGGGAGGAGAUGAUCAACUCACAGAAGAAAAAAUCAUCUUCCAAUAUCAAUUCGAGUUUCUUAGACAAUCUAUUAUCUAGCCAUUCACCUAGUCAGUACACCUCCACAACAUCCCUCAACCAAUCCGUGUCCAUGGCAAGUGGAUUUGGUGGGAGAAGGAGACGUGGAAUCCACAGAAAGAGAAGCUCAAUUGCAUCUACAUCAUCCAAGAUUAAAACUUCUGGAUCUGCAAGCUCAUCAAGAGAUGGAUCAACUGUUGACUUCUCCUCUGACUCCAUGAAAUCCUCUCCUGGAAAGCGUCAGCCGAAACAGCGACCAGUGGAUCCCAGGAAACUGAUGGAUGCCUUGACACCUAUAAGGGAGACAACUCUAGAAGAUAUGUAUGAAAAACAUGAUACAAAAACAUCUACAUCACAUUCUGCUGUGAAAGUUCCAUCCAAGAUGUCUGAGAGGAUGGUUCAGGAGUCCCAUCCAGCCUGUGUUGGUCCUUCAUUCAGUCGAUGUUCUUUCAACAUAAAUGGCCAGAGUCCCUUACUGUCACAUUAUAUGUAUAUGAAGCACCUGCAGUAUGACAGUGGACAAAAUGUCCGAGUGACAAGGACAGAAAUGGAAAAUCUACCUCCAUUAGAUACACCAACAUACAGAGAGGUUAUCAAGGAAUCCUUUAAGAAUGUCAGGAAUAUGCAGAGACAGUAUGAAGUGUUUUAUGAGAAGAGUUCCAAGGAGAAUCGAGCUUCUUUGAAGAAACAUAGACUUUUGAAGAAGGAGUAUGAACUAAAGGAAAGUGCUCUGUUGGCUGAUCCAAAACAAGUGAAAAAACUAGUGGAACUUAUUUUAUUGGAUCUUGAUACUGAUGAUGAAAACACAACAUCAGGUGCUGAUGAGGCAUUAGAAUUAGCAAUGAAAUCCGUUCAGGUUGCAUAAUACAGAAGAAUCAGAUAGUCAACUAUUCAAAAGGCUGAUUAAAAUCUAUUUAAACUAGUUAUGAAGUCUAUUAUUGUGGUAUAAUGAAUAAAUAUUCACAAUAAAUAGAAAUGAUGGAGUAUAUUAAUAAUCUACACUUUGUAAAUUGUAAAACAUUCCCUGAUUUUACUGACAAUAUCAUAUUCAUAUUGUAAUAUGAAAAUCCAGAUGCACAUAUAGGUGUAUAUAUACCUGUUUGACUAAUUUUUAAAAAUACACUUUACAUUAUUUUUUUGCAUUUGUUUUGCACACAAUUUACAGAAAAUACAUAAAAAUAAACUGUUUACAAUAUUAAUGAUAUUUUUAUUUUCAAAUAUCUGUAUUAUAUAACUAUUAAUUCAUGUGUAUGUUGUUACAUGUUUAAAAAUGAUAUUUAAUUUUGUUAGAAGAAGGUGAACACUGUUGACAGGAGAUGAAUUGAGGUACCAGUAGUUAAAUAAAAGUGGCGGUGUUAGUUCUUCAAACUUAGAUCAUCUAUUAUCAUUAUCUAGUUGCAAGCCAGAGAAGAAAGUUUCUGUAGUUCAAGCUAUCAGUAUCAUAUUUAUUGAUGGAUGAUCUGGUAUUUGAUGUAAAGUAUCUUGUAGUGAUAUUACAUUUAUAAUGUGAUAUCCAUUUUGAAGAUCCUGUUGUUAUUUUAAUACAAGUAUAAAAUUUAAUGAGAGAAAAAAGAGAAAGCAAGCCACUGAAUUCUAGAAGAUUUUUUUCAUGAAAUUAAACCGAGCAAUAUUGUGAGUUACUGUAUGUUAUAUCCAGAGCAAUCCAGAUUUGAGAGAGAGAGAGAACGAGACUUUGCUUGUUAAAAUUGUUUGUUAUGUUAUGUUGUUAUUUAUAUUUAGCUUUUACUGGCUGUGAUACAUUGUACAAUAAAGUUCAUUUUAUAUUA